AUGUCUUAUCAGCUGGCCGGGAAUUCUGUUGCACAACAGAAAAGGAAUAUUCUCGGCCGAGAAACGGAAAGGAGAGAAAAGACGCGAGAGAUAGAGAGAGGAAGAGGAAGAUUAUCUCGUUUUCGAGUGAGAGAGAUCAUCGCCGGAGCUCAUUGUCGAGCCUUGGAGUUCCGAUUGAAGCUCGAUUCGCGAGCCGUUUCGAACGGUUCCGGAGUCAGAAGUUGCGUAGGAAUUGUGUUUCAUCUACUGCGAAGGAGUGAAACAAGCCUAAGCUCCUCUUCCGUCGCCGAUCGCUUUUUUCCGUUUGUCCGCCAGGGUUCACCAAUCACCAUGCCCAUUGUGAAGAGGAUCCACCGGCUAUGGCGGCUCAACAGGUCGAUUAUAAGAAGAGAAGACCCAUGGAAGCAGAAAACAACUUCGACUUCAACCCCUUGAAAUUACUUCUCCGCUAGAGAGUUUCACCGGCUCGCGGCACGGCAUGGAAACCUCCAUGGAUAUCCAAGACAGUUCGAUUCCGAAACCAUCGCCAGGUAUGUUCUGUUCUUUCCUUUCUUUGUUCUGAUUUCAUCCCAAAAGGUGAUGGAAAAAUUGGAAAAGUGUCGCUUUCUGGGGGUUAAUUUCUAAGUAACAUAAAAUGGCAACAUUUUUAUUUAUUUAUUACUUAACAAGUAUCCCGACACUUUAUAAAGAAAACCCUCGUAAAAAGGGAAAGAGUGUGAAAGGAGAAUAAUUUGUGCCGAACUUGAGGGUGGCUUUGGUCUGAGAAAAUUUUCCAAUUUCCUGUUUUCCUUUCCACAAGUUUUCAAUGAAAAUACGUUUGGUAGAAAUUUUGGUUGUCGUGUUUUCAACAUCUGAACUUCAAAACUCAAGACGACCAAAAUUGACAGUAUAUUUACGAGGUUUGCUUUAAACAACUACACCCGACAUGUUUCUAUAACUUUCAUUCUUAUUGAAAGCUGUUACUUUUCACCAUACAAACGUCUUUUCAAGAAAAUGGAAGUUGAAAUAAGGAGCAAUUUUUACUAAAACAUUUCUGUAAACCGAAUGUACCUUAAAUACAUGAGCUGACUCAAUAGGCAAAAAUGUCGAUUUGACUAAGCUGGAACUCAUACAAUUAAAGUUAUUCUCUUAACCCGAGUCCAGGGCACCUAAAAUCAUGCGAUUGACUCAAGUAUGUAUCCUUAAAAGACAUUGCUUAGAAUUUUCUGGUAUAACCAACGGAAAAUGACUCCUAAAUAAUUUGGAAAGUCCAACUAAAUCAUUGGAAAAAAAAUUUCUUUUUGAAAGAGAGCUUACAUCCAAAUUAUUGGGGGACACAAAAUUCUUUGUCCUGGUAAUUUUAACGAAGUGAUUUAAAUUGUCACCAUAGAACAAUAUGAGGACUGGACUUAUAACCAAAGUGUAUGGGCUAAAAGUGAGAUUUCCCAACCUACUGGGACCAAACAAAUAUAAUUCCUCUAGACCAAAAAUGCAAAAGCUAAUAUAGCUAAUCGAGGAAAAAGUGUUAGAAAAGUCCUAAACUUAUUAUAUUUGUGUCAAUUUAGUCAUAAACUUUUUAGGGAUAAGUACACUAAUGGUGCCAUAAGUUGUAUAC